AUGAGGUCUGAGGGCAGAGAGGUUCCCAGCAGGUCCAGCGUGCUACCCUCCAUCUUGGAUUCCUAUGCAUCACCUGCGGGCUUCAGAAAGGGAAAGAAUGAAGACAACCCGCGCAGCCGCAGAAGCGAGGUCGUGCGAGAUGACGAUGACCUCAACCGGGAAGCCAACGAAAGGCGGCAGGCCCUGUGCGAGCGACGCCAUCUAGAGUCGUACAGGAACGUACGUCGCCUCAGAGACGCCCUCUACCGGCGUUACAUGGACCUGCUCCAGAAGAAGGUCCACUCCCAGCGGCUUGAGAUGCAGAGGCGAGCAGAACAGCACAGAUCCAAACCGGUGAAAGACAUCAAAUGGAAGAAGGAGCGGCUGGGCUUCUCCCGCCUGCAGCACGACGCCUCGUACCUGGAGGCCCUGCCCAAGACCAGCUUCUACCUGAUCCUGGAGCUGCAGAACCAGCUGGUGCAGCGGGGGGUUCUCAGGACCCGGCUGGACCUGGAGGACUUCGGGGGCCGCAUCGACUACCACCGGGGUCCUCAGUGCAUUCAGGACCACCUCCAGGAGAUCAGGCAGAAGAUGAUCCCUGAGGACCCAGUAGCAGAGUGGAUGGCCCCUGGAUCCCCCAGGUCUGAGGAGAGCAGACCAGAGCACCAGCCUCUCUACCCCAGGCCUGAGGAGCAGGACAGUGUGAGGACACCAGAGUCUGGUUCCGGGGGGAGUGGUGCAGAGCCGGCCUUCAGCAGCACCCUGGAGCAGGAGGCAGAGCGAAUGUUUCCCAAGAUGAAGGUGCCACGGUUUGCGGCUCUGCAGCCCGGCUUCGGGGUGAACCUGGAGAGCAAGGUGGUUGAAGUGCUGAGGUUUCCGGACAUCCCGAAGAAGAGCAGGAAGGCAGCGAUGCACCAGAGACACCUGAGACACAUGUAUGACGCCUCCCUCAUCAACAUGGCCGUCUCAAGGAGACUGCUGGACGGGGAGAGAGACACUCUGGGCAGGCCGGAGGCGGCCGCCAGCCAGGAACCGGUCGGUUCAGAGUGUGUCUUCCAGAGGCUCCACUCAGGAGAAGACCGAGAGCAGCAGGGCAUCGGGCCAGCCCUGCCUGUUCCUCCUCACUUCUCUACCUUCACCCAGUGCUCAGAGCCGUCCAAUCCGCUCGCCCCGAGAGAAAAGCAGGAUGUCCUCUCAAAGGUACAGUCAUGA